AAGAACAUUAAUGAUCCAGCAGCCGCCAAAGCUCUUGAGAGUUGCCACGAGCUUUUAUCCCUUGCAUUGGAUCACCUGAACGACACAUUGUCAGUUGCUGAGAACUCGUUACUCGAUGGCUUUGAUGAUCUAAGAACAUGGUUGAGUUCUGCAGGGACAUAUCAGCAAACCUGCAUUGAUAGUUUUGAAAAUGUCACUUCAAUUGCCUUAAGCAAAGCUGCAGGGCAGAAUUUGAAGAACUCCACCGAGUACACCAGCAACAGCUUAGCACUUGUAACCUCAUUGGAACAAUCCGUUUCAAGUUUAGGCGCCAUUGGGAGGAGGCGUUUGAUGGAAUUUAGUGGCGGCGAUGAGUACCCGAGCUGGUUAUCCUCAAAUGACAGGAAAUUGCUUCAGAAAUCAGCACCAAAGAUAAAGGUGAAUGCAGUGGUGGCUAAAGAUGGUUCAGGGAAGUACAAGAGCAUUAAGGCUGCACUCAAGGCUGCACCAGAGAAGAGCAAGAAGAGAUAUGUGAUCUAUGUGAAAAAGGGUAUUUACAAAGAGAAUGUGAGAAUUGAGAAGACUAAAUGGAACAUUAUGAUUAUUGGUGAUGGAAAAGAUGCUACCAUCGUUUCUGGUAACCGUAACUUCAUUGAUGGAACUCCUACAUUCCAAAGUGCCACAUUCGCCGUGUUUGGUAAGGGAUUCAUGGCACGCGAUAUGGGAUUUGUUAACACAGCUGGUGCAGCCAAGCAUCAAGCAGUUGCCUUGAUGUCAACCGCAGAUGAAUCCGUCUUCUACCGCUGCAAAAUGGACGCCUUCCAAGACACUCUUUACUCUCAUUCCAACAGACAAUUCUACAGAGACUGCAAUGUCUAUGGAACAGUCGACUUCAUUUUCGGAAACUCAGCCGUUGUCCUUCAGAACUGCAACAUUUUUCCAAGAAAACCAAUGACUGGCCAACAGAACACCAUCACAGCUCAAGGCAAACUUGAUCCAAACCAAAACACUGGAAUUUCUAUCCAAAACUGUACCGUUAUGCCCUGGGGAAACCUUACUGGCAUCAACACUUUCUUGGGAAGGCCAUGGAAGAAUUACUCAACAACUGUUUUCAUGCAAUCAAAUUUGGGAGAUUUCAUUCAUCCAACUGGAUGGAUGCCAUGGGUUGGAACCACUGCUCCAAAUACUAUCUUUUAUGCUGAGUAUAACAACGUUGGACCUGGGGCUAAUACCAAGAACAGGGUCAAUUGGAAAGGCUUGAAAUUGAGCCUUACAAGCAAAAUUGUAAGCAAGUUUACAGUUAAGCCUUUCAUUCAGGGAGACAAAUGGCUUCCAGCAGCCGGCGUUCCAUUUAAGGCUAUUUGACUUUUCUAUUUUUUUUUUAAUUUUUUUUUAUGCUUUCAUUUGAUUUUGUUUUGAAGUAUAUCUUCUGCUGAUGUGCUCUUUUUGUGAGGCUUUUGUUACACAAGAAUUAUUUGUCAAAUUGAUUCAAUUUUAAAUGAGAAUUUACAAAAUUUCAAAUGGAA